AAUCACAGGCUGACAGGACUCUGCAGCGGCGUUAGCAGCGUUAGCAGGAUGUUUGUAAAAGUUUGGAUUUCGCUGUUUGUCUUCUGUAUUUUCCAGCAUGAAGCUGCUGAAGCGCAGAAGAAGAAAGAGACUCUGCUGUCAGAGAAAAUGUCUCAGAUGAUGGACUGGGCGUCGAAGCGUUCGGUCAUCAGGAUGAACGGAGAUAAAUUCAGACGCUUCGUUAAGGCUCCGCCCAGAAACUACUCCGUGGUCAUCAUGUUCACGGCGCUGCAGCCUCAGAGACAGUGUGGAGUCUGCAAACAGGCGGACGAGGAGUUCCAGGUGCUGGCUAACUCCUGGAGAUAUUCGUCUGCGUUCACCAACAAAGUCUUCUUUGCUUCUGUCGACUUCGACGAGGGAUCAGACGUCUUCCAGAUGCUGAACAUGAAUUCUGCUCCGACCUUCCUCCACUUUCCGUCUAAAGGGAAACCUCGUCGCACUGACACGUACGAGCUGCAGGUCCGAGGCUUCGCUGCCGAGCAGCUAGCUCGCUGGGUGGCUGACAGGACGGAUGUACAGAUCAGGGUGAUUCGGCCUCCAAACUACGCCGGCCCUCUGCUGCUCGGCCUCCUGCUCGCUGUGAUUGGAGGACUUGCUUACCUGCGCAGACACAACCUGGAGUUCCUGUUCAACAGGAAUGUGUGGGCCUUCUCUGCUCUGUGUUUUGUGCUGAUCAUGACUUCAGGUCAGAUGUGGAAUCACAUUAGAGGACCACCGUACGCUCACAAGAACCCCAGCACCGGACAAGUGAGUUACAUCCAUGGAAGCAGUCAGGCUCAGUUUGUGGCUGAGACUCACAUCGUCCUCAUCUUCAAUGCUGCUGUUACCAUGGGGAUGGUACUGCUGUGUGAGGCUGCUACCUCUGACCUCGACAUCGGCAAGAGGAAGAUCAUGUGUGUUGCAGGUGUAGGUCUCGUGAUGCUCUUCUUCAGCUGGCUGUUGUCCAUCUUCAGAGCAAAGUAUCAUGGGUACCCGUACAGCUUUCUGUUGUCAUAAAGCGACGGCAUCCUCAAAGCUUCAACCUCAGGACAGGAAGUCCCUGUCAUCAGGCAGGGUUUCCCCGACAACACGUCUGUUAGAUAAUCCAUGUCAACACACACACACACACACUCACACACACACACACACACACACUAUGUGCCUUCACAAAGACUGAUCAGCUGUUUAUCACAUCGAUCAGGUUGUGCCAAAUUUGGAUGAACUGUUCAGAGAUCUUUGGUGAUUAAUUGUCGUAAGUGUGGCUCCGCUCACACGUGUUGGGACCAGAAAGAGGUUUAUGAUCGUGUGUUUGUCGUUUGUGUUUUUUGAAUGUGAACCAGUUUAAGAUAUUAUAAAUUAACACAUUAAUUGAACAUUUUAACCUUGAAUGACUUCGGUCAGAAAAGAUGGAGGUGUGUUCAGGAGCAGAUAAACCGACGUCCUCGCUCGGUCUGAAUUUAAAAGACAUUCAUAUAAAUAUAACAAUAAGAAGGAGGUUAAACAAAUUGAUGAUUAGCAGUUUCUCACCUGAAAGGUAUAAGAUGUGACUUUGGAUCCAGUAGAUGUCGCGCUUUAGCACCAGUCAGUACACCACUACCGCGUCUCCCUUCCUCCCCCCGCCCCUCCCUCAGAGUUCGAGCAGGUGCAGCCGUCAGUAGAACUGAUCUCCAUCCUGAUGUGCAAACAGGAUUCUGUUCUUAUUUCUUUGAUUUAAUUCAGCCCAAAAUCUAUUUUCUUCUGUUUGGAAAUUCUGUUGAUUCUUUUUCUAUUCUGUUGAUUUGUACUCUUGCAACGCAACUCCGCCAUUGUGCCUUUACAGCCAGCGUCCUUGAGUGGGCAGGGCAUCUCUCUUCUCCCACAUGGUGGUUGGGCUUACUGUUCGAGAGGAUGGGGUUCAUGAGAAAAACACGUUUGAGUCUCUGAGUGAAACUAAGGUCGCACUCACACUAGACAAUCUGUGCUCAAGCUUGGUACACCUCCUUGGCCCUGGAACGCUUUGGAGAGGUCUUUGAGAAAUCUUUGCAACAUCACUCAAAUUAAGACACACAGUCAGUAAAGUAGCUGUCAUCUUCUCUGUGCUUUUCUCCGAUCUGCGGAAGCGGACCCGACCGUGCUUCUCUUCUUUUUGUUUUUUUCCCCCCCGAGUCAAACUGUUUUGUAAACUAACCUCGCUUUAUAAUUACAUAAAGACAUGCAUGUGUUGGACGUGAUGUACGAGAGGUAACCGUGCUCAGGCCCGGUUAGUCCCGCAGCAGUUUGAGUGCAGGCCAGCGGGUGAAUGAGGAAGGGGGCCAAGAAUGCUUCAGCACGGUACGGUACAACUGGGCCGAGUGUGAGUGCGUCCUUAAACAAGCUGAAGGAAGCUUCAUCCCAUCAGUGUGAACACAGAGCUGAGAACAACAAAAGACCAAGAGGGAGUUUGACUUCACUCUUUAAUAAAAAAAAGUCAUUACUCAGCGAUAUUUUAGUGAUAUCUGAUAUAAUAAUGUUUAAAUUGUUGCAUAUUAUACCUUCAAAGUCAAACAGAAACACAGUGUUCAUUGUGUCUUUAAGUAUAUAAUAGAGUCUGAUAAAUCUGUGAAACACUUUGAUGUGUUGUCUCAUCACUUCACUGUAACAAAAAUAAUCCUGCAGGAGUUCAUGUUUCACCUGCACCUCUACAACCUUUACCUACAGGUACGUAAACUUCUGAUCUACCUGUCUGCAAAGUGAUGACACAACAAAUCAGAGACUUCCUUUCUCUCUCAGGCUUUAUUACAAACAUUAUAAAUUACCCUCGAUACAAAAUAACAAAUAUCAUAAAGCUAAUUAAACUUAAAUAACAUAAAAUAUAAACUUCAAUAUUAUCAAUACAAACAUAAAUCUGGCUGUAUUUUGGAGGAAUACAUGUUGUUAUCAUGACGACAGAGUCACGUCCACGUUAAUAAACAAAAGUUUAUUUAAAAGAAGGAGGUGUUAAAAUGUAAAAGUCGUGUUCAUUAUCAGAUCAUCUUUUCUGUAACUUACCCGUGUUGGGAUUCUGUGUUUGGUUGGUUUUGUCUUUGUUUCCGUGCUCUGAGAUUUUGGUUGUGUAAAAACAGAAUAAAUGUUCACAUUUGAUGAUUUUUCUGUUAUGAGCUGAGAUUCAUCUGAGACGGCACUAAAGAGAUUUGAGUUUCCUGUUUGAAACAAAGUGCUUUAAAUGUUUUGUAUCAGUUUGUAUUCUCUGCGUGAGAUUUAUUUCUGAUAAAUAAAGUGCCUUAAACUAA